GUCAAAGGUUCCACAUAUGUGAAGGAAACAGUAGACUCUGCACAGUUUUACCUCAACCGUGUGAUUAAAGACAACAAGCAAAGUAAUCCAAAGCACUGUGACUGGGCAAAGUCUGUCAAGACAAUGUCUGAUGACCUGAUACAAUACAUUAAAGACAACCACAGCAAYGGUCUUUCCUGGAAUCCUAGUGGUCCCCCUGCACCGACAGCAGCAGCACCACCCCCACCGGCUGGUGGAGCACCCCCUCCACCUCCCCCUCCUGCCGUCGUACCUCCUUCAGGACCAGCUUCUACUGACAAACAAGACAGUGGUGCAGCCUCUGCUUUGUUCAGCCAAAUCAACAAAGCGGGAAACAAUAUUUCAUCUGGUUUACGAAAGGUCACUGACGACAUGAAGACACACAAAAACCCUUCACUUCGUCAGAGCAGUGUUGUACCCAGCAAACCCACUCCUGGUGCCAAGCCUACAGCUGCCCCCAAACCUGCAGCCAAGAAACCUCCUGUGUUUGAACUCCAAGGAGGRAAGAAAUGGAUUGUGGACUACCAGGAAAACAACCGUAACCUAGUUAUCGACGGUCAAAUGCAGCAGACCAUUUACAUGUAUAUGUGUAAAGGAAGCACUUUGCAGGUUAAAGGAAAAGUUAACUCCAUCACUUUAGAUAACUGCAAGAAGUGUGCUGUUGUGUUUGAUAGCGUUGUAUCGACAUGUGAGUUUGUCAACUGUCAAAGUGUGCAAUGUCAGGUAACAGGAAAAGUUCCAACCAUUUCCAUUGACAAGACUGAUGGCUGUCAAGUGUAUCUGAGCAAAGACUCCGUUACUGCAGAUAUUGUUUCUGCUAAAUCAUCAGAAAUGAAUGUUCUUGUUCCGAAGGAUGAUGGAGACAUGACGGAGUUUGCUUUACCAGAACAGUACAAAACGAAAUGGAAUGGCAARACCUUUGUAACAAUACCUGCCGAUAAUUAAAUUAACACUGACUUGGACACUAAAAUAGCCAUAAAUCUUGCACYGAGAUUCACUGCUUAUUUCAGCUGAUUGUAAUGGGUAUCAAAUAAUGUCGAAUCAUUUUAUGUAUUUUUGCAAUAAAUCCCCAAAUCGUGCAGAAAUUCAUAGCUAGUUCUGAUAGCAAUGUCAGCAAGAGUAAUAUUUUGUUAAAAUAGAAAAGGAAUUCCGAGUUUCUAAAUCAAAAGGAAAUAAUCAUAGUCACAAAAGUUGUUUUGAAUUCUAUGAUGGUUUAGCACCUUGUUUUGAUGUAUUUUGUAUGAUUGUGUAAAAUGCUUCACUCGCCUUAGAUUCAUGCUCAUUUUCAAACUUUGGCCUGUCAUAUGUGGAAUCUUUUUUGAACUAUAUGCAAUGAAAAAAUUACCCUUCGUAGUUCCCUGCAUCAAUUGUUUAGAGGUAACUAUGCAUUUGCUUAUUUUCUUCUGGGGCUGUUUGUCAGAAGGGCCGUGAAUAGGCUUAGCGCUGUACUCUGGACAAGUCAUUAUCCAGCCCAUAAUAUCCAUACAAAGGAGUGGAUAAAAACUUUAAACGAGGGAUAGAGUCAUUUUCAUCCGUCUGCGAAAUAGGAAUUGUACUAUUAAAUACUAUUACCCCCUAUUAGCUUUCAAUAGUUUAACUUGACAUGCGACAAACUAAUUAGGCAAAAACGGUUUUGAUUUUGCCUUUUGGUAGCCUACUACACCCUAAAAUUGUCUCACAGAUGGAUGAAAAUUACUCUAACUUUUUCCACAUUUUGUACAACCAGCCUAUAAGCCUCUUUUGUAUAGUAUUUUUUUACACGCUCACUGGUUGUCUUGUUUCGAUGUAAAGGUAUGGAGUGAAUGACACAGACAUGUUACUCAAAUCUUUUGUUUUUCUGCUCAUAUGCAUCAAAUUCAUAACUUGAAAGAUUCCACUUUUUGACCUCAGGCCUCAAAAUACCUGGCUUUGCAUGGUUUGUAAUAUGUUUAUUCACUGUAAAUUGCCGACAAUGUUCUGAACUACUAUAACGACAUUUGAUGUAAGCAAUAUUCCUGUGCACCUUAAAGUUGAUGAAUAAAUGUUUUUAGAUUUUCA